AUGUCUUCGAUCAAGAAUUCAGCUUUCAUGGACAUCGAUAAAAUCUCCAAUUCCUUUAGAAAUAUAGAUAAAGAAAAUUUUAUUACGGAAGAAAAUAGUGAACAGAUAGCGAACAAAAAAAAAUCAGAGUUACAUCAAGAUUUAUUUUGGAUGUUCAGAAUAUUGAUAAUGUUCUUUAAGCUUAUCGGUCUCGCUACAUUUGGCCACCGAAUCGUCAUAUACAAAAAGAGAACGUCAUACACAUUUCAAUAUUCCAAAUUAGGAAUCGUUUACAAUGUUGUGCUGAGUAGCUUAAUGAUAGCUUCGAACUAUAUGUCUAUACCAUUCAGACUUAAUUGGGAGUACAAGAUCAAGACGAAUUUGUCUGUAGGCAUCGCAGUUCUACAAACUGUACUUGGUACUCUGGUGAUCUGCGUGACUUUGAUUAGCUACUGCAUCAACCAGAAGUCUUAUAUGUCUAUACCAUUCAGACUUAAUUGGGAGUACAAGAUCAAGACGAAUUUGUCUGUAGGCAUUGCAGUUCUACAAACUGUACUUGGUACUCUGGUGACCUGCGUGACUUUGAUUAGCUACUGCAUCAACCAGAAGUCUUUGAUGCGGAUCGCCAAUCGAUUAAUCACCAUCGAGCACGAGAUAGAUCGUCUGUAUGAUCUAUAUUAUCCACUACGACGACAGCGUAUUCUCUGCACUAUGAUUAUCAUUUGCAUCUUGAAGAUUUGCCUUAUGACACUUCUCCUGUUCACUGAGAUUCUAACCAUUAAUACAGGCCCAGUCUCAUGGCUGACAGACGUUCUGCCGACAUUUCACGUGAGUUGGCUACUGAUACAGUACUUCCUGUUGGUGACGGUCAUUCAGACAGAUUUCGCUAAUGUGAAUCGAGCGAUACAAAGCCUCACCAGGAUCAAUACACCUGAUCUUCGACUGCAGUCUCUUUAUCAAACGCGUCGUAUCGUUGUCAAUAAUUCGACCGUUCAUCAACUGUUGCAACUGCGGGAUGUGCAUUGUCAUCUCUGUGAAAUCUCUGAGGAUGUGUCAAGUUUCUAUUCACUACCACUACUAUUCGGCAUCGUUUUUCUCUUUCUGACACUCAUAUAUAAUGGUUACUAUUUUCUCUCGUUUCUAAUGACUGAUCAUAUCUUAAAUUAUUUUUAUAAUAUUAUUAAUGUCAUCGUCUGGAUAAUAUGUGUGAUAUAUCCCAUCUCUCUCCUCACCAAUAGAAUUACCAGGAUUUUAAUCGAGAUAAAGAAAACAGGCAAUAUAGUGCAUGAUCUUUUAAACCGUGCAAUCGGGAAAGAGAUAAAAGCAGAGCUCAAGAAAUUUUCGCUUCAAUUGCUACAUCGCAAAAUACAGUUUACAGCUAACGGAUAUUUUACGCUCGAUAAUACUUUUCUGCAUUCGUUAAUUGGCACAGUGGUGACAUAUUUGGUAAUACUUGUGCAAUUUCAAAUGGGAAGCAGAAUAAUAAAUUAA